GACGACUCAGACACGGAGAGAUUCCUUGUUAUGUGGGUUGUGUCCUGGCCAGGAUCCUCCUGCGUCUCACAAAGUCCAUUCAAUACGUUGACAUAUUCUCUGAUUGGAGAUGACUCAGUCCCUUCUGUGUUUCAAAUCAACCCAAGUACUGGAGCAAUAUCAACCAAACCAACAACAAACUUAACAAGUACCUCUGGAAACUUUGUGGCCCGAGUACAAGUGACUGAUGGUGGAUCACCUCCCUUGUCGGAUACUGCGACAAUCUCCAUCAAUGUGGAAAGAAACCUGAAUUCACCACGUUUCCUGCAUCUCAAUGAUCUCACCGUAAAUAUCCCAGAAAUUCUACCUGCCGGCUCAGAUGUCAUCGACCUCAAUUCCACAGAUGACGAUGCUUAUAUACCAAACAACGUCAUAUUUUAUGUCAUAACAGGAGGAGUUGGAAAUCCAAAUGAAUAUUUCUUCAUAAACCCUGGCAAUGGAGUUAUUGUCCUUCAGAAAUCUGUAAAAUCAAUCUCCACCAGUAAUUUCAGGCUGACAGUGGAAGCCAGAGAUCAAGGAAGUCCCCAGCGGUUUGCUACUGCCACAGUGCACAUUAAUGUACUGAGAGACAGUGGAGUGCUUACUUUCUCUGCCAAUAAUUACAACGCCACAAUUGGUGAGAACACGCCAGUCAGUACAUCAGUUGUAACAACAGUAGCCUCUCCUGGGGCCAGCAUUGUGUAUUACUUGCUUGGUAUAGGAACUGGAUCUGAUUAUUUCAGUGUCAAUCCAACCUCAGGACAAGUGAAUGUUAUACAACCCCUUACCAAGGAUACAUCUCGACUCACUUCCUACAGGUUGUUUGUUCAAGCAGUAAAUCAUGGGAUAUCAACACAGACUGCCACAUCUACCGUCAACAUUAUAGUCACCCGUAAUGAAAAUGGUCCAGUAUUCCAGCCUACUUCAUAUGUUAUUACUGUGCUGGACACUAUUCCACUAGGUUCCAACAUAACUCAAGUGACUGCAAGUGAUGCGGACAAUGACCCAUUGAACUACAGAAUACUGAGUGGCUCCCCCUACACUGAGCUGUUUUAUCUGGACCCAGUGACAGGGGUCAUCACAUUGAAGAGUGUUCUCCUAGGAAGGACCGAAAACCAGUACACUUUCACAGUACAGGCUAGUGACCAGAGGACUCCUGAAAAAACAGCCACAGCCAACGUCGUGGUCAAUGUAAUUAAGGAUCAGUUCAGCCCCGAGUUCAUCCGUACUCCGUAUAACGUUCAAACGACCGAAAAUACCCCGGACGGAACCAUCAUCUUCAACACGGAGGCCAUAGACCGAGAUCUUAAAGAGAGAAUUGCAUACACUGUUAUUGGUGACAAUGCUGCCCCAGCCUUUUUUGGUGUGAUCUCUGACAGAGGGAACAUAACAAUUAUAAAUCAAGCCCUUCUCAGGAAAGAUAUGGACACCAAAUACACACUCCGACUCACUGCCCAUGAUAAACGAUAUCCCAACAAUAAAGUCAAUGAAACUGUCACCAUUACUGUGAAGAGGAACCUGAACGCUCCUGUUUUCUCUCUACCAAGCUACAGUCGAACCGUUCUGGACACAAUUCCUAUCGGAGAUCAAGUGGUUCAAGUUAAUGCAACAGAUGCUGAUAGAGAUAUUCUCCGGUUUACAAUGAAAGCUAAUGGUGAUUCCCAAAUACAGGAAGAAGUCCAGACAUAUUUUGGCAUUGACCCUGAUGAUGGAAUAGUCUACCUCAAACAAUUACUGACCAGAGUUCCACGGCAAUAUUACCAGUUAUUCGUGUUUGCUAGAGAUCAGCGUCCAGUGAACGAAAAAACAGGCACUGCCACUGUGAAUGUGAAAAUUGAUUUUGAUUCAAAUGCAAAUUUUUCAAAUGGGAGUUGUGAAGCAAAUGUUUAUCCUCCAAUAUUUACUGCACCGUUAUAUUUUGUGAAUAUACUGGAAGGAGAUUACUCGAUGAACAACCAACUGCUCAUACAGAUUUUUGCCUCUGACGACGACGUUGGAAGAAAUGGGGCAAUAGUAUUUGAUAUUCAAAGCGUUUCCAACAAUGGAAUCGAAAAGUUCAAGCUAGCUGAAACUCAACAAGAUGGAAUGAUUGCCAUUUUAUGUAUCAGUACUAUAUCUAGAGGUGAAACCUAUGUUAUAAUGCUCCGUGCAUCGGACCUCGCUCUACCGAUAUAUAGUAGAAGAAGUUCUUCAGUUCCAAUAGAAGUCAAAGUCGGUCCGUUUUCAGUACAUUAAAGCUAAUAAAAGAAAAAGGUCCAUUCAAGCAAAACUUUUGUUUCUACCUCUCUUCUUGAUGAAAAAUAUCUGAUGAAUGGAAAUAGAACAAGAGCAUAACUUUUAAUGGUGGAUGAAGAAUAAAUUAAAUCCUUCAUUUGAAUUUAAGGAUGUGUUUUCAUUUGUUUUUGGAAUUAAACACGGAUGCUUAAACGAUGAAUGUUAUUUUCAUGGUUAUUCUCGUAAACUUGGUUUUAUAUUAGAUUGGUGCUGACAUAUGUGAAAAGUGAAUAUGAUGUAGGUUGAUUGUAUGGACACGAACUACAUGAAGUCAUAACUUUUAAACAUAAUUUUUCGUCAUAUGUGUUCAUCUAGCCGUUGUAAGUCUUAUGUUUUUAUGAAGUAUGAUGAUACAUGUAUCUAAUUCUUAAAUUGCUGAAGGCAAAUAAACAUGAUUACUUGUCAUUUGUAUAUCAUUUUAAAAA